AUGGCACCGCGACGCGGAGGCGGUGUUCACACUGGCGGCGGCAGCUCUGGCUCCGGCUCCGGCUCCGGCUGCGACAGUUGCGACAGCCCCAUGGGCUCACAGUUCUUCAACCUCUACGCCACGGGCAGCAUCUACGGGCAGCUCGUCGUCAACGCCAUUCUCGCCGCGGUCCUGCUCGUCGUCUUCUUCCUCAACCGCCGGCCGGCCGCCAAGCUCGCGCACCUCGCGACGUUCUGCUUCUUUGCCGGGUGCGUCUUCCAGUGCGUGCGCUGGGGGCUCGUCGCGCGCGACAACUGGAUCCCGCACGGGUACCGCUUCGAGUCGUCCGUCGUCGUCCUGCUGCAGCGCCUCGGGUGGCCGGUGCUCCUGGCCGCGCUGCUCCGCGCCAUGCGUCCCGGAAAGAUGCUCGGCGCGGGGCCGUGGCUCGGGGUGCUGGUGCUGGGCGUGCUCAACGUGGCGUAUGUCGCGUACGACUUUGUCCUGUCCGACUCGGCCGUCAAGGAGUGGGGGCAGUACAGCAAGGGCGGCGGCUGGAUCCUGGGCGAUCGCGACUUUGGCCUGCUGUGGACGCGGAGCAUGGUGGGCAGGUUCACGGACCAGCCCGAGUACGUGCCGUAUCCGACGACGUGGUCCCUGGACGCGGCGACUCGAUUCAGGGCGUGGCGGAUGUAUCUGCCAGAAGGGUCGACAGUCUUUCGCGACAGAGACACGCAAAUCAAGAUGGGCCUGGCGGCGGAUGUCGUGGCGCUGGUGCUCGUCGUCGCCAUCGGCGGCUUACACGUCGUGACCUGGCACCGCCAAGGCAAGGCCGAGCUGCCUCGACGCAGGAGCUUCCUAGCCGUCGCCGUCGGCGGUCUGCUGCUGUCGGCCCUGUUCCGCGUCAUCGUCUCGGCGCGCUGGCUCCUACCCAACUGGCGCAUCAUCACCGAUCCGCAGCUCUGGGACGACUGGCUGGCCUACUUUCCCGACACGAACCAGCUCAACGACUUUGUGCGCAUGCCGCCGUACUGGCUCCCCGGCUACCGCACGACGGUGGAGGCGUUCCCGGUGCUGCAGGUGUUGUUUGAGCAGAUUGGGCCGGUGGUGGCGUGUGCCUUUAUCGUGCUGAGCAUGGGGCCGGAACGGCGGAGCCGGAGUGCGGUGCGGCAGCACGAGGUCGCGGCCGCGAAGAUGAACAACCAGUACAGCUGA